AUGCCCGAGCCGUUUACUAAGCCAAAGUCCUCAGAUCUGGCGGCCAACGUGGUGGCCCUGAGCGCGGCCAUCGGCUCAUGCGGCGAGGCCCAGUGGAGGCGCACGCUCGUGCUUCUCAAGGCAAUGCUGGAGCAGCAGUUGCAGCCGAACGAAGUUACUUUCACCUCGAUCGUCUCAGCCUGUGCUGGCGCGUUGCGUUGGGAGGUAGCGGUGAAGAUGCUCACGGAGAUGAAUUGCCGUGGCAUCAGCGGAGGCGUGGUGGCGUCGUCUCGAGUCCUGGAGGCUCUUGAGCGAGCUGCAGCUGCACCGGCGGCACCUUCGACACUGCAGUGCGUGCUGGCACGCGGUGAGAGGCUUUGUGGCGAGCUGGUGUCGGAAAAAAAUCGAGCUACACGGUUCAAACUGUCCGGUUGCUGCCGAAGUAUCGCCUGGCUCAGUGCGCGGAAGUACUCUUCAGAAGCAAUGACGGACGCCAGUCCUGAUCAAUCUAUCGUCCAGGCUGUCAUGGGAAUGUCAUCGGUGUUUCUCUACUUGAGCUGCCUAUGCCUGUUUUUCAUGGGGCAGAAAGACGUCUCCCGACCCUACAACAUGAUAGCCUGCUUGGUGACCUUCAUUGCGGGCUCUGCCUACCUGGGCAUGUCCUCGGGACUCUUCGUACAUGUGGUGGAUGGCAGGCACGUCUACUGCCUUCGGUAUGUGGACUGGUGCUUUACAACUGCUUUAAUGCUAUUGGACCUGGCGCUUAUGCGAGGUGCCGACAUGAAGGCGACUGCUGCAUUGAUCGGCAUCGACGUUGCUAUGAUUUUGAUGGCGCUGAUGGCCGCUCUCAGCACAUCGAACGCAGGAAAGUGGAGCUUUUUUGGCAUGGGCACCGUCUGCUUCGCCGGCAUGGUGGCCUUUCUCUUCACCGUGCUCCAGCGUGCAGCUGAGGAGCGAGGUGGAGAGGCAGAGGGGAAGUUCAAGUUUGUGGCCUCCCGGACCAUUGAGCUUUGGUGUCUGUAUCCCGUGAUUUUUGCUCUGGGCGAGCUGACCCAUACCAUUCCCGAAGAACUGGAAGUCGUCGGCUACUCUGUGGCCGACGUUUUGGCAAAGUCGGGCAUACCGAUGAUGAUUUGGAUAUGGUCGAUCUUCGAAACCAAGGCCACGAGCUUGCCGACGAUUCUCGAGAAUGAGAAGGAGACCCUGGCUGCAGCCCAAGGGUGA